GACCGACUGGAUUUGAUCCGACUCCGGACCCGAAUGCAGCUGGAGUGCUCGUUGUGGAAGUCCCACUGGGGACGAAUGCAGACGAGGUAAUGGUCGCUGAAGUCAUGAAUGGACCUCAGCAGAUUGAUGCAGCACUGGGAAUCAGGCCUGGCCCGAAUGAGGCCACCGCCUCGGCAACUGUUCCUGCCGCGAAUGCUGCGAAUGCCUCGGAGACUGCAACUGUCUCGACUGGGAGAUCGUGGAUGGCUCCCCCGAUUGACACGACGCACCUGAUGUGCGAGAAAGUGUGGGGUCACCCACUGUCAAGGAAUGGCAAAGUGAAUCGGGAAGUGUGUAACGCACUGAACCUGAUGGAUCUUGGCACAGAAUUGAAGAAGAUUUGGAGACGACUGGAUGACUAUGUCACUGUCGACAGCCAAGAUGCAAUGGACAAGAUCGAGAAUGACGCGUGCCAAAUGGCCAACAGAAUGAUGGAUGCACAGAUCCGACUGGCCGAAGCUAAAUACAAGAGAGAGUGGAGUGAGGAAUGCCCCCAUUAUCUCCCUCCACCUGCCUGGUACAAGAAGUGGAGGUCGACUGUCACCAACAAUGUCAAUCAGUGCAUGUUGGAGACUGGCUGGUUCGCAAUGACCAAGGCGGAGAGAAUGUUCCUCACCAAAGGAACCUGGGAGAUCAAAUGGCACAUGGACCCGACUGACUACGACAACCUGGUCCAUGACUUGGUCCAUGUCUACGACUGGAUCCUACUGCCGUCGAGCAUUGGCCAGCGCUACUUUGAGACUGGCGAGAUUGACCUGAGCAGGUUUCCCUGCCACCAGCUGAAUGGCAGCUUCUGUGCACUGACGGCAAUGAGGAAGACUGUUCAAUGGUUCUGCGAAGGAGCGUUCGACGAGAAUGCCCCGUAUGAAAGACUGGUCUUCGUAGUGCGCCGGAGAUCGACUGCAGAAGCCGUCCGGGAAUGGACCGGCGAGAAGAAUGUUCCAAGCCGAUGGACUUGGACUGUCCCGACUGAGGCAUCCAGAAUGAGCAUGGGCAUCAUCCGAAUGUCAAUGGACGACGCAAUGAGCUAUGCCCAGAGUGGCCCUCAGCUCCUUUGCCUCUCCGAAAUGAUGGACUGGAAUCGUCUGGCCACCCUUCCGAACAGUGGCCUGACCGAAUGGCGACUGAUGGGACACACCAUGAUUCCGACUGUUCAGGCCUAUGGCUCAGGAUUGGAGCAUGACUGUUCCACCUGGGACGAAAUGUAUGGCGAGGAUGAUGGCGAAGACCCGAAUGCUUGGAAUGCCCCGGCCUCCUCCUCGACUGCGGCACCAAAGAAGACUGCGGGAACAACCUCGCAGGGAUCCGGA